AUGCAGCCCGCAGUCUAUUCACACCCGAGGUGUAGCCACUUCAGGCCAGCCGAGACGGAUGCGGACAACAAAUCGGAGGUGCCGGGAAUGCUUCGUCGCCCCAGCAGGUUGGGCAGCAUCGCAGAUGUUGCGCCUUGCUUUGUGCCAGAACUGGAGAUCGCCAAGGGUUCAGAGACGUUUUCGGAAUUUGGUCUUGUGGCACCGCAAAUUGACUGCCAAUGCUGUCACCCUGCAGAGGUAGCGGCUGAAGUUGAGACGGCCGCCAACUCUCACAUCAAUCCAGCCAUCGUUUUGCGGCUGGUGGGGGACUUGCAGGAGGUGAUCGAUUCAGGAGACCACGACUUGCCCGCCGCAGUGGAGCGAACCUUUGGACCAGAUGGCAUCACUGCCAUGUUCGGACGCAGAUCUGCAGAGGGCAUCGCUCGGCUACGCUGCGGUGGCUUCAACCAUGUCUUCAUGUUAGCGUUGGGCGGCAAGUUGGUGAAGUGCAUCAGGCCGCAUGGAGGUGCAGGAGGACAGUUCAGCGAAGCCUUGGAGGCCGACAGGUUGACUCGGUCGUCACCAAACCUCGCUAAGGAUCCCCACGUCUUGUUUCCGGACGCUUUCUUCCUCUGCCAAGAUGCAGCUUCCUCAGCGUUCAUCUGCGAGGUGCUCGUGUUUGAGUACCUCCCAAGCUGCCAGUCUAUCGCCGACGUGUGGAGCAAGUUCGAGCGGACCCACCCGUGUGGAUCGCGACAUCAAGCAUCUCCUUGCCCUGUUCACCGUGUGGCCGAGCACAGCGAGGUCGGGCCUGUAAGGUGCGAGCACGCCAAGGCUUUGCGAAGCCUGGUGCGGCAAGCAGCACUUCUUGGCAGACGUUUCCAAGCUCUCCAUGGCCGUCGACAUGGCGAUUUCAAGGCGGACAACGUGCUAAUGGAUCAACAUGGACGCCUUCGGCUGGCCGAUUUUCUGAGCCCGUUUUGUGUAUCCUGCGACAGGGGCGAGUUCUGCAUGUCAUUGCAGAGUCAGCAUCCCUCAUGCCAGGAGCUUCAGGCCGCGUUCAACCAGGAGUGGCAGGCAGCGUCCAAAGUCUACAGAUGUGAGGACAUGGUAACCGGACAAAACGUCUGGCUGAUAGCCGAACUGGACAAAUUGCAGGAGGCUUUUAGUCAGCAACCCUUGUUCGGGCCACUUCCGGAUUUGCUUCAAAGCAUUUCUACUUGGACACCAUCUUCCACUUCGACACAGACUCCUAGCUCGUUUUCCUUCGCAGGCGGAACGGACUGGCCAUCUCCGGCGAGCCAAAGCCCUUCGCCUUCGCCCAUUGCCCAGUCACCAGAGACAGGCGCUGGAGGGAUGGUUCCGCCUCACUCCGUGCCUGCGGAGCUCUCGAAGCGAAAUCGAGCUGUUCCCGCUCAAGACCUGCAGGCAUGGAGACAAGGAAAUGCUUCAUCUCUGGACUUUGUGUCUCUGUCAAGUUCGCUGUCUUUUUCGAUGACAUCUCCCGCUCGCCAGAUGCUCGCCGAGCCUAACUUGCUGACACAGGCAGCUUGA